UAAACUUCUUAAACGGAAUAAAAUAGCUAAAAACAAUGCGCACUAGCUACAAGAAAAACAGACCCUUCGACUUCAAGCUGAUAGAUCUGGUGGAACCGAAUCCAGUGCUCUACAAAAGAUCCGGACUCUCGAAUUACGAUGCAAUGAAAACCAAAACCGAUCUCUGGGCUCGAAUAGCCCAGAUGAUGAAUUGUGAUGUGGACUUUUGUUUGAUGCGCUGGAACAACCUGCACUAUCAGUUUCGCAAGGAAUAUCGACGUGCGGACACCAGCGGCUCCACCUGGCCAUAUUUGGAACGCCUGCGGUUUCUGGCCGAGAACCAGCCACCUUUGAAAGCGAAAAGCAAGCCCAAGGCCAGGGAUUCACCCGGAAAAAGUCAGGAAGAGUCACCCGUGCAGUUCCUUUGGGGAACCUACGGUGAAAGCGGGGAAGUUCCCCAACAGCCCAGCACCUUCAUCAUCGAGGAGGUCAUCGAGGAGCCCGGCGAGCAGAUCAUUCAGGAGGAGAUCAUCUACGAGGAGCAGGAACCAGCGGAGAUACUCUCGCCGCGCAGCAGCUUCCUCCAGAUGGACCAAGUGCUGGCCCAACUCAAGGAACCGCAGCGCAAACGAGCGGAGCGAAGGAUCACAGCCUUCCUGCUCAAGUGCCAGCUGCGUGCGUUGAGCAAUCAGUCCGCAGAAGACCUAGUCAUAUAGCUCUCUACUCUCAACUUUAUUAAAAAACAGAAGAAACUAAGA